UCCCCAUUCCGGCACACAUGUGGAGGUGCAACAAUUCGAACGCGACUCAACAAAAUGCAAACUUUACGCGAAUUUACGCGUAAAACCAAGCGCGGCAACAUCCUGAAGAUCGUGCGGGAGCACUAUCUGCGCGACGACAUCGGCUGUGGCUCUGAGCUGUGCCGGGAGUGCUUCCAAAACGAGGUCUACCAGCUGACCGCGCAGCACGCGAAUCAGAGCACCCUCUUCAAGUUCCCGCACUACCUCGUUUUGGAUACGAAUGUGGUUCUGGACCAGAUCGAUGUGCUGGAGGAGGAUGUGUUGCGCAACGUAGUCGUCCUGACCACCGUGCUCAAUGAGGUGAAGCACAAGAGCUCCUCCAUUUACAAGCGGUUCAAUGAGAUCGUCCACGACCGCCCCAGGAACUUCUAUGUGUUCGUCAACGAGCACCACAAGGACACCUAUGCUGAUCGCGAACCAGAUGAGACCGCCAAUGAUCGCAAUGAUCGGGCCAUUCGUCUGGCCACCAAGUGGUACGAUGACCACCUGCAGGCCUCGCAAUCCACUAAAGAGUUUGAGCGAAGUGGCAGAGCUGUUACGCGGGUUAUCCUGCUCACAGAUGAUGCUGGCAAUCGCGCUAAGGCAGAGGCAGAAGGUAUUCUGGUGACCUCAGCCGCAGAGUAUGUUAAAUCUCUCGAGGAUUUCCCACUUUUGAUGGAUAAGCUGUCGCACAAGACAUUCGAGAACGAGAAGAAGGGUCUGCCCCAGUACCCGCCUCAUCUCAGCAUGAAGGAGCUGCUGGAAGGACUGCGUCAAAAUAAGCUACUGCAGGGCGCUUUUCAGGCGUCCAGGGAGAACUACUUGGAGGGCAGCGUCAGUGUAGAGAAAUUCGAAAAGGGUAUACUUAUCCAAGGCCGCGAAUCUCUUAAUCGGGCAGUGGAUGGCGACCUGGUGGCCGUGGAGCUGUUGCCCGAGGUGGAGUGGUCGGCACCCAGUGAAAUUGUACUCGAGGAGAAGAAUGUCUAUGCCGACGAAGUGCCCAGCGAGGAAAGGGCCGAGGAUGAAAAAGAUAUGUUGAAGCAGGUGCGUGCCGCUGCCUCAUCCGCAGAGCGCACGCCCACAGGGCGAAUUGUCGGUAUUGUGCGACGCAAGUGGCGCCAGUACUGUGGCAUCCUGCAGCCUAGUUUAAUUGAGGAUACCACUCGGCACAUCUUUGUGCCCGCCGACCGAAAGAUUCCUCGCAUCCGCAUCGAAACACGACAGGCGGCUAAACUGCAAAAUCAGCGCAUCAUCGUGACGAUUGACACAUGGCCGCGGAACUCGCGCUACCCACAUGGACACUUUGUGCGCUCCCUGGGGCCGCUCGGAGACAUGGCCACCGAAAACGAGGUCAUCCUGCUAGAGCACGACGUCCCGCACUGCAAGUUCUCGGACGAAGUACUCAGCUUCUUGCCGAAAAUGCCCUGGGCAAUUACUGAGGAGGACUACGCCAAGCGAGUGGAUCUAAGGGAUCUGUACAUCUGCUCCGUGGAUCCCCCGGGCUGCACGGAUAUCGAUGAUGCUUUGCACUGCAGGGAACUGCCCAAUGGCAACUUGGAAGUGGGCGUUCACAUCGCUGACGUGAGUCACUUUAUCCGGCCUGGAAACGCAUUGGACAAGGAAGCAGCGGCCAGGGGAACUACCGUAUACCUGGUGGGCAAACGAAUCGACAUGGUCCCCGAGCUACUCAGCUCAAAUCUCUGCUCACUGGUUGGCGGCGUGGAGCGAUUCGCCUUCUCCUGCGUGUGGGAAGUGGACAACGAGGCAAAUGUGUUAAGCAAACGUUUCCACAAGAGCGUCAUCAAAUCGAAGCGUGCCAUGACCUACGAGGAAGCGCAGGUUAUCAUCGACGAUGCCACGCAACAGAAUGAAAUAGCCAAGUCCCUGAGAAACCUCAACCGGUUGGCCAAAAUACUGAAAAAGCGACGUAUGGAUAGUGGAGCUCUUGUUCUCGCCUCGCCCGAGAUCCGCUUCCAGGUGGACAGCGAGACACACGAACCACUGGAGGUGGAGGUUAAACAGAUGCGCGAGACCAAUUCCAUGGUGGAGGAGUUCAUGUUGCUGGCCAACAUCACAGUGGCCGAGCAUAUUGCGACGGAGUUCUCCGAGUGCGCAGUUCUGCGUCGCCAUCCUCGGCCGCCGCCCACCAAUUUCGAUCCGCUGGUAAAGGCCGCGCGCUACCAGGGCUUCCAGGUGGACAUCGAUUCCGGACUGGAGCUUUCGCAUUCACUGGACAAGUGUGUCAAAGCGGACAAUCCGUACUUCAACACAAUGAUCCGCAUCCUCACCACACGCUGCAUGAUGCAGGCGGUGUACUUCAUCAGCGGCAGUCUGCAGAAGGAGGAGUUCUUCCACUACGGUCUGGCUGCUCCCAUCUACACGCACUUUACGUCACCCAUUCGUCGUUACUCCGACAUCAUGGUCCAUCGUCUGCUGGCUGCCUCAAUUGGCGCAGAUAGCACCUAUGCCCAGCUGUUGGAGCGCAAGUCAAAUGAGGAGCUGUGCCACAACCUAAACUAUCGCCACAAAAUGGCUCAGUACGCUGGUCGCGCAUCGGUGGCGCUCAACACACAUCUCUUCUUCCGCGGCAAGGAGGAGGACGAGGAAGGAUAUGUGCUAUUUGUGCGCAAGAAUGCCCUGCAAGUGCUAAUUCCCAAGUAUGGCCUGGAAGGCACCCUGUAUCUGAAGUCGGACAAGGAUGGCAAGGACGGUCUGGAGCGCACCAAGAGCGAGAUUGUCUUCACCUUCAACGAAGAGGAUUACACGCAGCGUUGCGGCGACGUGGUGUUCCACUCCUUUGAUCCUGUCACUGUUCGUCUUAGCCUGGAUUCCAGCAAUGUGCAGCACGAGAAGCUGAUCUUCCGACUGGUCAAGCCGUACAUCAAGGGCUUUAGCGUGGAAACGGCCACCGAAGGAAGUGAUGCCCAAGCGGUUGCAGCGCCACCUCCCUCCAAGAAGACCAAGAAGGAUAAGAAAAAGAAAUAGUUCUUUGCAUUUAUGAUUAAGUGGAACCCGACUACGCUGAAGAUGUGUAACUACAAUCAUUUCGUAUAAAUAAAAUUUAAGGUUUUUAAAUUUC